AUGGAAGCCCUUGUUGAAGACGAAGGGGGGUUUAUAAAGAAGCCCCGGAGCAGUAGGAAAGUGGUGAGUUAUGUUGAGGAUUCGGAAGACGAAGCGCUUAGCGGGAAAGGAGCUAUACGUGAUGAAAGAGGGACAUCUGCGGACGUGGAAAUAGUCGAGAUUGGCUCAUCGUCAAGCGAUGAGGACGAGCCACUGUCACGUAAAGUGAGACGUGUGAAGAGAGCUACCACUGUACCAGCUAAAAGACCUAAGAAGACCCAGAAGAAGCCCGCGAAGCCAAAGCAGACUCCUUAUGAGCGCACCACCGGACGGUUGUAUGAGCAGCAUCCAUAUUUGAAGGAUGUUUUUCCACAGUUGGCAGAGAAACCUUUGCAUGUCCCGAAGAGGGCGGAGCAGCCGGGAGGAAUGACCAUUAAGCUGCUGCCUUUCCAGCUGGAGGGCUUGUAUUGGUUGAUAGAGCAGGAAGAGCGUUCAGUAUACAAUGGCGGAGUUUUAGCGGAUGAGAUGGGUAUGGGUAAAACGAUCCAGACUAUUGCACUGCUAAUGAAUGAUACCCGGAAGUUUCCAACUUUAGUUGUGGCUCCCACAGUCGCCUUGAUGCAAUGGAAGAACGAGAUAGAAGCCCAUACUGGUGGCAAACUGCGAACCUAUAUGUACCACGGUGCCGGACGGACAAACAACUUGGGAGAAUUGAAGGAUAUUGAUGUGAUCUUGACGACGUAUGCCGUUCUGGAAUCUGUUUAUCGGAAGCAGGUCCAUGGUUUUAAACGCAAAAAUGGUGUCGUGAAAGAACGAUCUUUGCUACACAAUAUAGACUUUCACCGUGUGGUGCUAGACGAAGCUCAUAACAUCAAGGACAGGAGCAGCAAUACUGCCAAGGCUGUUAACAUGUUGAAGACUAAAAAGAGGUGGUGCCUAACAGGUACUCCACUUCAGAAUCGAAUAGGAGAGAUGUAUUCCUUGAUUAGAUUCCUAGAUAUUGCUCCAUUUACUACCUACUUCUGUACUAAGUGUGACUGUUCCGACAAAGAGUGGAGUUUUUCUGACUACCUGCAUUGCGAUAAGUGUGAUCAUUAUGGGAUGCAGCAUACCAAUUUCUUCAACCAUUUUAUGUUGAAGAACAUUCAGAAGCAUGGUAUCGAGGGCCCGGGUAAAGAGUCCUUUAAUUGUAUCCAGUUGUUACUGCAACAUAUAAUGCUUCGUAGAACCAAAGUUGAAAGGGCUGAUGAUCUUGGGUUACCUCCUAGGAUUGUCACUGUACGGCGAGAUUACUUCAAUGAGGAGGAGAAAGACCUUUACCAGUCCCUGUAUUCCGACUCUAAAAGGCGAUAUAACUCGUAUGUUGAACAGGGUGUGGUUUUGAAUAACUAUGCGAAUAUCUUUACUCUGAUAACCAGAAUGAGGCAGCUUGCAGAUCAUCCGGAACUCGUGUUGAAACGCAUGGGUGGUGCAAAUAUGACACCGGGUGUAAUCGUGUGCCAACUAUGUGAUGACGAGGCAGAGGAGGCUAUUGAAUCGAAGUGUCACCAUAAAUUUUGUCGUCUGUGCAUCAAAGAAUAUAUCGAAUCGUUUGCGGGUCAAGAAUCCAAAUUAACAUGUCCUGUUUGUCAUAUCUCAUUAAGUAUCGAUCUCUCGCAGCCAGCCUUGGAAGUUGACGAAGACUUAUCCGGUAAGCAAAGUAUUGUGAGCAAACUGAAUAUGAAAGGCCAAUGGAAGUCUUCAACGAAAAUCGAAGCACUGGUCGAAGAGCUAUACAACCUUCGCAGUCCCAACAAGACGAUUAAAUCUAUUGUUUUUUCUCAGUUUACUUCGAUGUUAGACUUGGUCGAAUGGAGACUGAAAAGAGCCGGUUUUGAAACUGUAAAGUUACAGGGUAACAUGACCCCCACCCAACGUGAUCAAACAAUUAAGUAUUUUAUGGAAAAUAUUCGUUGCGAAGUAUUUUUAGUUAGUUUGAAAGCUGGUGGUGUUGCUCUAAACCUUUGCGAAGCAUCUCAAGUUUUCAUUCUUGAUCCUUGGUGGAAUCCUAGUGUUGAAUGGCAAAGUGGUGAUAGGGUACAUAGGAUUGGGCAGUAUAGGCCUGUUAAAAUAACACGAUUUUGCAUAGAAGACAGUAUUGAAUCAAGAAUUAUAGAGUUACAAGAAAAGAAGGCGAAUAUGAUUUAUGCGACAAUUAAUAAGGACGAUGCUGCAAUAAGUCGUUUGACUCCAGCAGACUUGCAGUUUUUGUUCAACAACUAA